GAGACUGAUUACCUUACCAGUGACUUAUAUAUGGGAUCGGAUCGGCGCGUUGUUGAGACGCGUUUAUUUGAGGAGCUUGUCAAAUCUACGGAUAAGCAAUUGAGCAAAUACCGUAUUCGUGCAGCAGAAGAAUUCGCGGAGGAUUACCAAGAUGCGUUGGACUCUGUGAGAGAGGAAUUCGCUGCCUAUUAUAAUCACCAUUAUUCAGCCAACACGAACCACCACCACCACCCACCACCGCCGCCGCCUCUGACGCCGCCAAUUGCAUCGUCGGUGAUGCUACCACCACCAAUCGCCAAUGACGAUGACUAUGAUGAUGAAGACAUCGUGAACAGGAGAGUUGAACAGCUGGAAUUUUAUUACAAGCAACAACAUGCCGAGGUGGAGAAGAUUAAAGAUUACCGAACUAGGGCUAUGGGAACAAUGCCCGCGUGGUAUACCGACGAGAUUCAUACGACACUAUGCGUGUUUAUCUACAACAUCAUGUGCGCAAUAGAAUCUUUUGCGGAUAAAUUGGGCGAUAGUUCCUAUUUUGAACAAGCCCCGUUUCAAGAAUGUAUGUCGAUACUCCACCGGCUUCGACAACACCGACAUAAUUAAUUAAAGUAUUCCAUAUGGUUGACUGCGGAUUCUUUAAUUAAAAAAAAUAUUAGUAUCCCAUCAUUUUUUUUUUAUUACUUAACUCAUAAUAAUAUAUACGUUAUUAAUAAUUUUUUUUGAAUUAAUAGGAAAUGUUUGAUUUUUUUGGGGGGUUAUAUAUGAAUUAUUCUUGUUAUUGUUGUAAAUUGGACCAUUAAUCCAUACGAAUAAUAGAUAUUUUUACUGUUUUGGGUGACAAUUGAAUAAAAAUUCUAAAUUUGUUUCUUCUUAAUAAAAUUGAAAAAGUAAUAUCAAUUCCGUUAUCACAAAAACAUUAUUUCGAGAAAAAAAAUCGAAAUUUCGGAUUUUUAAAUGACAGAAUGUUUCAAAAUCAGAAAUUUUCAAAUUGGAAUCAUCGAAAUUCAGAAUUUUGAUUUUUUCAGUCACAUAUUAUAUUCCGCAUAAAUGGUGAACCUUUUUG